AUGCGCGUUCUCAUUGCGGCGUCCCUCUUGCAGUGGGCUACCUUCGGAAGCUCUGCAUUUAUUGAUCCUCAGUUGUAUAGAUCACUCGACGCAAAGAAAUGGCACUUGGGAUUUCAUAAUGAUACAGACUACUCGCUUGCAAUGUCUCUUGAUCUUGACCUAUGCCUCGGGAAUUAUGCUGGGGCCCUAACUUCUGUCAAAGACGGCGGAUUUUCACCUUCUUGCAUGUGUAGCGUAUCGGAUGACUUCUACCAGCUCCUUUGUGUAUGUGGUAAAGGUGACGACAAUGGAAAUAGCGUCAAACAGAUCAAUAUUAUCUAUAGAGACCCCGAAAAUGGUAAUUUAGGUUAUGUGGGAGGGGUCACCUCUGCCCCUGACGGCACGGCUCAAUGCUAUGGUUACAAUAGUACCAAGCCAACGAUAGAAUUGAGGCACUGA